GUUUUUUCAUCCGGCCAUUUUGCGUAAAGUCGCACGUGAAGAAUAGAAGUGCUCGAAGCGAAUUUCAAACGAGAAAAAUGUUAUCGGCCGCUCGCGCUAUCAGCAGAACAGCCCUGGACUGUUCCAAAUCCAAUUUCCACGAAAGCGCAACGAGGAAUUUCAGCCAUUUUCUCACCAAGAGAUCGUCCUUGUACUGUUCGGGCCCCAAAUAUGACGGCCAUUUGCGCUACAAAAGUGCUCGAAGCGAAUUUCAAACGAGAAAAAUGUUAUCGGCCGCUCGCGCUAUCAGCAGAACAGCCCUGGACUGUUCCAAAUCCAAUUUCCACGAAAGCGCAACGAGGAAUUUCAGCCAUUUUCUCGCCAAGAGAUCGUCCUUGUACUGUUCGGGCCCCAAAUAUGACGGCCAUUUGCGCUACAAAUCCGAAGGAGUCAAGGGGGCCGUGAUCGGCAUCGAUUUGGGCACCACGAAUUCCUGCGUAGCCGUAAUGGAGGGUAAACAGGCCAAAGUGAUCGAAAACGCCGAAGGUUCGAGGACCACUCCGUCGGUGGUGGCCUUUUCCAAAGACGGCGAACGGCUAGUCGGCAUGCCGGCCAAGCGACAGGCCGUUACGAACUCGGCGAACACGUUCUACGCCACGAAACGGUUGAUCGGGAGGCGAUUCGAGGACGAGGAAGUGAAGAAAGACAUGAAAACCCUUUCGUACAAGAUCGUGAGAGCGUCGAACGGCGACGCCUGGAUCCAAGGUAGCGACGGCAAAAUGUAUUCGCCCAGCCAAAUCGGCGCCUUCGUAUUGACCAAAAUGAAGGAAACCGCCGACGCCUAUUUGAAUACGAACGUCAAAAAUGCCGUCAUCACCGUUCCGGCGUAUUUCAACGAUUCCCAACGACAGGCGACGAAAGACGCCGGUCAAAUAUCCGGUUUGAACGUUCUGAGGGUGAUCAACGAACCGACGGCGGCUGCUCUAGCCUACGGGAUGGAUAAGACCGAGGAUAAAGUCAUAGCCGUCUACGACCUGGGCGGCGGCACCUUCGACAUAUCCAUCCUCGAAAUCCAAAAGGGCGUCUUCGAAGUGAAAUCCACCAACGGCGACACCUUCCUCGGCGGCGAAGACUUCGACAACGUCCUCGUCAACCACUUGGUAUCCGAAUUCAAAAAGGACCAAGGCAUCGACAUCACCAAAGACCCCAUGGCGAUGCAACGGCUCAAAGAAGCCUCCGAAAAGGCCAAAAUCGAAUUAUCCUCGGCGGUACAAACCGACAUCAACCUCCCCUAUCUCACCAUGGACGCCUCCGGGCCCAAACACAUGAAUUUGAAGCUAUCCCGAGCGAAAUUCGAAGGGUUAGUGGGCGAUUUGAUCAAACGCACGAUCCAACCCUGUCAAAAAGCCCUCAAAGACGCCGAAGUGUCGAAAUCCGACGUGGGGGAAGUCAUCCUCGUGGGCGGCAUGACGCGCAUGCCCAAAGUACAAACCACAGUACAAGAAAUCUUCUCCAAAGCACCAAGCAGAUCGGUUAACCCCGACGAAGCCGUAGCUGUAGGAGCUGCAGUACAAGGCGGAGUACUAGCCGGUGACGUCACCGACGUACUACUACUCGACGUCACCCCUCUAUCGCUCGGUAUAGAGACACUAGGAGGCGUAUUCACUAGGUUGAUUAAUAGAAACACCACGAUACCCACGAAGAAGAGCCAAGUGUUUUCUACUGCAGCAGAUGGACAAACGCAGGUGGAGAUCAAAGUGCACCAAGGGGAGCGCGAGAUGGCUACAGACAACAAACUUUUAGGCCAAUUCUCUUUAGUAGGAAUCCCCCCAGCACCUAGAGGAGUACCACAAAUCGAAGUGACCUUCGAUAUAGACGCCAACGGCAUCGUCCACGUCUCAGCCAGAGAUAAAGGUACGGGGAAAGAACAACAAAUUAUCAUCCAAUCGUCGGGCGGUUUGAGCAAAGACGAAAUCGAGAAUAUGGUGAAGAAGGCCGAGCAAUACUCUAAAGAAGAUAAGAUCAAGAAGGAGAGAGUGGAGGCGGUGAAUCAGGCCGAAGGGAUCGUGCACGAUACGGAGACGAAGAUGGACGAGUACAAGGCGCAAUUGCCCGACGAGGAGUGUAAGAAGUUGAAGGAGGAAUUGGAGAAGGUGAGGGAGUUGUUGGCGAAGAAGGACGACGUGGAACCGGAGGAGAUUCGGAAGGCGACGGGGACGUUGCAACAGUCGUCGUUGAAGUUGUUCGAGAUGGCUUACAAGAAGAUGGCUGCCGAACGAGAGAGCAACAGCAACCAACAAUCGUCAGACCAACAACAACAAGAUCAACAACAACAACAAACAACGACGGAAGAACAACAAAAGAAGAAGGAAGAAAAGAAUUAGUUUUUCGCGCGAAUUACCAAAUAUAAAAAAAAGAACAGUUCUAGUUGUGUGUAAAUAUAAUUAAAAUAUGUGACGUAAUAUUCCGUACGGGGGCGGUUCAAAAAAUACGUUUUGUUAUUAUUUUGUUGUUGUA